UUGGUAACUUUUAUCUUUUCUAUCUUAAGUUCUUGAUCCACAUUAUUUGAGUGAUCAAAAAAUGGGAAAGGUAGCUUUUGGAUGCCCUCGAGAGGCCGCACAGCCGGAUUGCUUGCGAGCUUUGGUUGCAGAGUUCGUAUGUACUUUCCUCUUCGUCUUCGCUGGUGUUGGAUCUGCCAUGACUGCAGGCAAGCUGCUUGGGGAUUCAUUAGUUGGCCUGUUUGUGGUAGCUAUGACUCAUGCAUUAGUAGUCGGAGUUAUGAUCUCCGCUGGUCUACGAACCUCUGGUGGUCAUCUUAACCCUGCUGUCACCCUUGGUCUUGCAGCCGGUGGACAUAUCUCCAUUUUUAAGUCCAUCCUUUACAUUAUCGAUCAAUUGUUAGCUUCUGCAUUAGCUUGUGCUCUUCUCAAGUAUCUUACAGGUGGAUUGGAAACUCCACCUCAUACACUUGCAGCCGGAGUAGAUUCUCUACAAGGAGUGGUAUGGGAAAUCGUUCUCACAUUCUCUCUGCUGUUCACAGUUUACGCAACACUCGUUGACCCUAAGAAAGGUCCUAUAGAUGGGCUAGGUCCCAUUCUAACUGGGUUUGUUGUGGGUGCAAACAUCAUUGCCGGUGGUCCAUUUUCCGGUGCCUCAAUGAACCCUGCAAGGUCAUUUGGCCCUGCUCUAGUGAGUGGAAACUGGACUAAUCAUUGGGUUUACUGGGUUGGACCUUUGAUCGGAGGACCUCUUGCCGGUUAUUUCUAUGAGAAUUUUUUCAUCUUUAGAAAUGCUCCAGAACCAACCGAUGAGGAACAAAGUUUACUCAAUUGAUCAUGUCUUUGCAAUAGUAUCCGGCAAGUUUUCUUUUGGUUAGUAUUUCCAAAUUUGUAAUGUAAUGCCAACUUGUUUGCAAUAGUAUCCGGCAAGUCUUCUUUUGAUUUGUAUUGUACAUCAAAUCGGUCUUAAAAAAAGAAUGAUAAAUGAAUCAUAAUAAUACCAAAAUAA